ACGACGACGACGACGGCGGCGACGACGACGACGACGACGAUGGCGACGACAAAACUCCUGCUGCACAUUAAGCCAGGCAACAGUUUAACGUGGAAAUUAUUGCGAAUUUGUUGUGUGUUUUUGCGACAGGCGACAGGCGACAAAAAAAAAUAUAAAUAAAUAAAAAUAAUACGCGUGACAAACGCGAGCGAGCUUCCAACAACAACAGCAGCAAUCAUUUUUUUAGUGUUAAGUGCAGUUAUUCUCGAUUGUUAUUGUUGCCGGCCUACAGAUAGCAAUACACACACUCACUCACACACACACACACACGAGCAGCCGGCAUAUUAGCUCAGAGCGAGCGAGGGAAAGAGAGAGAGCGAGAGAGAACGCGCCAAAGAGAGCGCGCGUGGUCAAGCUUUCAAAAACGUUUAAUUAAAAGCGAACAUAACAAAAGCAACAACAACAACAACAACAACAACAAGAACAGUUAAGUAAUUUGCAGGCCAGCUCAAAGCAGAAACAAAAAUAACUGUUGAAAGCAUUUGCAUUUUCGAACUCGAAUUCGCAAAAGUUUCUAAUAACUAAUUAGACGCGACAGAGUUAGAGAGAGUCGGCAAGAGAGAGAGAGAGCGAGCGGGGCAGAGUGAGCGAGAGAGAGGGAGAGAGAGGGAGCGCGCGCGAUGCCGCAGCGUUCGCCAUUUGCCAUACAAGAGCUGCUCGGCCUGGCCGUUGCGGCGGCAGCAACAACAACAGCAACAUGUGACACAAAACCAACACAACAACAGCAACAACAGCAACAACAGCAACAACAACAACAACAGCUGACAAUGGCCGCCGCCUCGCGCAUGGCCUAUUUUAAUGCACACGCUGCGGUGGCCGCUGCAUUUAUGCCACAUCAGCUGGCCGCUGCAGUGCAUCAUCAUCAUCAUCAUCAUCCGCAUUCGCAUCCGCAUCCGCAUUCGCAUCCGCAUCCGCAUCAUCCACACGCAUCGCAUACGCAUCAUACGCAACAGCAGCCGCCGCCGCCGUCGUCGUCAGCAAUGCCAAUGCCACCGCACCACCCGCUGCUGCAUGCGCAGGGAUUUCCGCAACUGAAGAACUUCAGCGGCACCGGAACAUGUUUACCUGGCUCGUUGGCUGUCAAGGACUUUGGCAUGGAUGGCCUAAACGGUUUUGGUGUUGGUCCCAAUGGCAAAAAGAAGAAAAAGAAGCGUCGCCACAGCCGAACAAUAUUCACCAGCUAUCAGCUGGAGAAGCUGGAGGAAGCCUUCAAGGAGGCGCACUAUCCCGAUGUCUAUGCCCGCGAGAUGCUCUCAUUGAAAACGGAACUGCCCGAGGAUCGCAUACAGGUCUGGUUCCAGAAUCGACGCGCCAAAUGGCGUAAAACCGAAAAGGUCUGGGGCGGCAGCACCAUCAUGGCCGAAUAUGGACUAUACGGGGCCAUGGUGAGGCACUCGCUGCCGCUGCCGGAGACGAUACUCAAGUCGGCCAAGGACAACGAUGCGGUGGCACCCUGGCUACUAGGCAUGCAUCGCAAAUCGAUUGAGGCACAAUCCGCGCUCAAGGACGACUCCGGAGUCAGCGAUCACGAGGAUUCGGCCGGCUCAAAGUCAGCGCAUUCGGAUGAGCUGCGCUCGCAUUCGCGCGCGCUCAGCUCCUCGACGGAAUCUUUGAACGUGGUCAGCCCGGCGCCGAGCAGCUGUCCGACAAAUGCUUCAACGGCGCCGCCAACAUCAACAACGCCGCACGGCAGCAGCGGCUAUGCGGCUGCCUCAUCGGCGGCCACCACGCCGACGGGCGCCACCACCAACAGCUCCGGCUCGCCGCACAUUGAGCUCAGCUCGCCCUCGCCGCAACAGACGCAGUUGCUCCAACAGCAGCAGCAGCAGCCGGCGCCGCCGCCGCCAGCAACACAGCUCUACUCUGUGGCCACGCCCAGCUAUCAUCCGCUGCUGGAUGCGGCAAAUGCAGCGGGGGCCGGCGCCGCCGCCUCCAGCAAGGAUUUCCAUAUGAUCAUGAACACGGCCGUCGCGGCGGCUGCUGCAGCUGCUCAGCACCAACACCACCAACAGCAGCAGCAGCAGCAACAGCAGCAACAUCAGUCGGCGCCCGCCGCCUUGCCACAUCCCGCGCUGCAUGCGCAUCAUCUGUCCGCCGCAGCGGCAGCUGCCGCGCUCAUGGAGCACGAUCCGGAUGCGUUUAGGAACAACUCGAUUGCCUGUCUGCGCGCCAAGGCCCAGGAGCAUCAGGCGCGCCUCCUCAACAAUGGCGGCCUCUUUUUGCAGGUGCGCAGCUUUGCGGCACAGGCCCAGGCCCAGGCUCAGGCUCAGGCGCAGGCACAGGCGCACGCCCAGUGUGAUAUGCUUAAAAGCGAGGAGCGUCACAGCAGCAGCGGCAACAACAACAACAACAACAGCAACAACAUCGGCAGCAGCAGCGCUUAUCAAAUGCUGCAGCUGCAACAGACGGUGGCAACGGCAGCGCCCAUCAAAAUGGAGCUGACUUCCGGCGGCGGCUGCCACGCCUCUAGCGAGGAUGUCUGACGCCAAGCAGCGUUGCCAGACAGCUAUCAUAUGCCAAACUAACUGCUGCGAGAACAGUUGUAUUUUUAGCUAUAUAGAGAAGCACACAAUCCAAAUAUAUAUAUAUACAUAUAUUUAGUAUUUUUUUUUUUUGCAUAGACUUAAAGUAUUUAUUGUCGUGCUAGUAAUCAAAAUGGCAACCAAUUAAUUAAUGUCUUCAUCCGGGGACGCCAGCGAUCUUGUGUAAUCCAAUAUGACAUGAUAUAUAUGGCUGCUGAGUGUCAAGAAUGUAAUAUUUUUAAUAAAACGCAUAAUCAACAUAUCAAU